AUGUCAGGUCGUACGCCAAGUUUUAUUGUUGUUGGUCUUGUGAUUAUUAUGUUCCUUCUUGGUAUUUUUUAUAUGUCAUGUUCAUCAAAAAACUCUGAAUUACGAUCAUCCGUUGAACAAUUUGAAGAUCGUAUUCGUUCGUUAACAUUAAAAAAUAGUGAUUUAGAUAAGAGAAUUGAAAGCAUUAAUUCACGUAAACAUGAACUUGAAGAAGAAAAAUUAAAUAUUCAAAAACAAAUGGAAAAAAAAGAUUCAGAAAUAAAUGAUCUUAAUACCAAAUUAAAUGAAAAAAUAGCUGAUCUUCAAAGUCUUAAAACAGAUAAAAAUAUACUUGAUGAACAAUUGAAAGAAUACAAAUCUAUGAAUAAAACACUUGUUUCAAAAGAUUCAUUAAUUCAACAAUUACAACAACAAUUAUACGAUCAAAAACAAACUGGUAAUGAUGCGAUAAAUCGAUUGAAACAAGAAUAUGAAACAUUGAAAAAUAGUCGACAAUCACGAGAUACUCAAGUGCCGGCUAAUAAUGAACAACAAAAUAAUUUUGCAAAUCCACCCGAACGUUUUCGACCAUUUAUCUCAAAUAAUCUAACAACUAAAAGUACAGCAUCGUUAUUUGAUAAUUCUUUGAAUAAAUUAAAUAAUUUAACAAAUGAAGUUAAAGAAAAAAUUAUUCCAGCUGCAUUAGAUGUUAAAGAUAAAGUUUUAGAUGCAGUUGGUUUAAAUACAAAAUCAUCAACUACUACUAUAGCAAAUGAACAACAACAACAAAUUCCGAUCCAUAAUAGAUAUAAUCAAGAAGUUGGUGGAAAUGUUCCAAUGCCGCCAUUAAAUAAUGAUACACGACAAUCAGCACAAAGUGCAUCCAAAUUUUCUGAUAAUCAUGAUCAAGAUCAAGGAGUCGUAGAUAAUUUACGAUAUCAACAACGUUCACAACGUUCAUUAAAUAAUUUAUUAAGUGAUAAUAAAACUGUCAAACUUUCUGAUAAUGAAGAGAAUGAUGAUGAAGAAGAACAAAAUGUAAAUUUAGAUAAUAUACGUGUACGUGAGCAUAAAAAAUCUCCAGAAGAUUCUGUGAAAAGAAAUGAUUUGGAAAAUGUUGAUGACGAUGAACCUGUUCAUGAUUUGCCAUCAGUAGCAUUGAAAAAUAAUAAUUAUCGUAUUGGUGAUCGUGAACAAGUUCGGGAAAAUCGAGGUCAUAUUCAACGAGAUCAACGGGUAGACAAUGGAGAAGAAGUAGAGAAUGAUGAUGAGAAUGACAUUCAAAGUGUUCAAAAACGAAAUGUUUCCUAA